AUGUUGCGUCUGAUCGGCAGACUGCAUAUGGAUAAUCAGACCGGAUCUCUCACCAUCACAAACAUCACAAAUGAUCACUCUGGACUUUAUCGAUUGCUCAUCAGUGACAGAAUCUUCAGGAAUGGCAACAUUAGAAAGACUCUGUAUAGAUUCAAAGUAACUGUCUAUGCUUGUCUGCCCGUUCCCGUUAUCAUCAGUUACUGUCCACAGAAUCCCCCAUCAUCCUCAGUGUCAAAAUGUGUGUUGUUGUGUUCAGUGAUGAAUGUGACACGUGUGAGUCUCUCCUGGUACAAAGGAAAGAGUUUAUUGUCCAGCAUCAGUGUGUCUGAUCUCAACAUCAGACUCUCUCUACCUCUGGAGGUGGAAUAUCAGGAUACAAACACAUACAGAUGUGUGCUGAACCAUCCCAACAGUAACCAGACUCAACAUCUCAACAUCACCCAUGUCUAUCAGAUGUGUUCAGGCUGUCUCAACUAUCGUUAUACUGUUAAAGCUGUGAUCCAAUUGGUCGCCUCUGUUCUGGUGGGCGUGGCUGCUGUAGCUGCUUGUGCUGUUCUGAUUCGUUACAUCAGAUCCAGAAGAGCUGAACAGGAGAGAUCAUCUGCAAACACUUCAUAUAGAGAUGCAGAUUUGCAUCGGCUGUAG